AGCAGGAUGUCGGACUUUGUGCGCGAUCUGCGCAACCACAAGAUAGUGCCGGACGUGGUGCCCGUCCCCCCGGAAAGCCAGCUGACGGUAGUGUACCCGGGCGAGCUGCGCGUUAACCUCGGUAACAUACUCACACCGACCGAGGUCAAGCAGAUACCGACCGUUAGCUGGAGUGGUGCGGAACCGAACGUCUACUACACGCUCAUCAUGACCGAUCCGGACGCACCGAGCAGGACGGCACCGAAAUUUCGCGAGUGGCACCACUGGCUGGUGGUGAACAUUCCCGGGCUCGAUAUGGCCCAGGGUGACACACUGUCGGAUUACAUCGGUGCGGCACCACCCCGCCGCACCGGACUCCAUCGGUACGUGUUCCUGUUGUAUCGACAGAACGAACGGAUCUACUUCAAGGAACCGCGGCUAUCGAAUCGCAGUACCCAGGGCCGGGGCAAAUUCUCGACGCACAAGUUCUCGGAAAAGUACGAGCUCGGGCUGCCGGUGGCGGGGAACUUCUUCCAGGCGCAGUUCGAUGACUACGUCCCAAAGCUGUACCGUCAGCUGGGACACUUUCAGAACGCAUUUUAA